CAAGAUCUUUGGGGAAACGUGGAAAACAAGCGGAAAAAAAUUGUGCGUGUAUGUGAGCAUGAAAGCUUUUUCACAAGUAGAACAGAAGUAUACUAGGUGUUACCACAGAAUGUGAUGCAUGCCACCACGUUAUGGACAAAAAAGGCACCUGCUCAACGCCUUAUCUCGCUCCUUCAGAAAUGCAGAUGUAUAAAAUUGCUGUCUGAUCUGCUUCAAGCAAUCGGCUCAGACAAUUUCAAACACGCUUUCUGUGUCUACCAGUGACCGCUCAUGAGGCUGAUGGCGGGCUCGUCUUUAUGGCUACGAAUGCUGAGAGCAUGUCGUGAUUUGCGCAGAUAACUAUGCCACAACGUUUAAGCGAUCCGGCUUUGCUUUACUCCAUGUAGUGUAGACAUGGGACAGCUGUGACUGUGAGUGAUUGCAUUGAUUGCCUUGGCUUACGGAAACUCGUUCCCAUGGCCAGGGUAUCGAAAGCGUGACUUGCAGACUUCCUACGUCACAUCAAUAAGCGAUCAGUCUUAGCUUGGUACAGGUAGCGUUGUGGUGCUAAAGCCUGCUUGGCUUUGCUUACCAACCAGAGUUGCCGCUUCCCACGUCUUUUGAACGAGAUGCCGUCUUGUGUCAACCAGAAAAGAAACCAGAACCCUCUCUUCAUUGCGUGGUGGUUUGUGCGUGUGUUUCCCACCAGGAACUGAGACAACAUCUGUAUCUAUCCUACAUCAUCUUCGAUUGUUCAAAGAGUAACACGACUGAACACCAAGGUGGAAGUCUGGCCGCAGUAUGAAAUUGACACUGAGCGAGACGUCUCGCCCACUCUUUAAUGCCUGGUCUGACUAGAUAAUUUUCACACAUCUGACUUGAUAAUGAGUAGAUACCUUAGAACGAGUAGACGAUAAUAGAGGCAAUAUCCGAAAAUUAAAAAAAAAAAGAGAAACUGAAUCUUGAUCAGCUUUUCACGGUGAACUUUUUGCAUCAAGCUUAAAGGUUGUUGAGACGCUUUCACAUAUGUGGUUCAUUGCAGUAUGUACGCGUUGUACUGCACUCCAGAAUACUGAGGAAAAAGAAUUCUACUACGUGUCUUAUACUUAGUGAGAUACGAGCCCUUGAACACACUCCCGAGCAAAGCGUAAACACGUGACUUCUGGUGCACUGCCCACGACCUGCUAGAUCAUAGCCUCCUAUAUACCAGUAUAUAGGAGGCUAUGGCUAGAUUAUUUAUAACGACCAUGUCAUAAUCGGCGACCCCUAGGAGGAGCCCGUCUGCACGAUCCGCUAAGGGCGCUACUCAUCGGCGAACGCGAACUUGCGAGUCUUACAAGUGGCGAGGUACGGACCCCGGCUGUGAUAGGUUUCGCAUUACUCAUAUUAGGUGACUCAAAAAUGUUAAGUAAAUUUAAUUAAUUUGUGCGCACGCGCACACAAAUACACACACAAAAUGACUUCCCAAUGGAAGUGCUGCGGAAAUCCACCCCAUUGGUUCAGCAGCAACCAUUACCCGCCUGAUCUGAAUCCCUGCGACUUCUUCGUUGCUAAACGCAAAUUCUAGUAUAUAUGAUGACCUGAGGCCGAUUUACAAAAAGGUUCGGCAGCUCCAGUUGAAGACUUCAAACGGUAUUAUUACCAUUCCGGUCACCCCGUAUGCUAGCGUUCACCACUGACAGAAUCUCAGUGCGGUCGUUUAGCGUGCAUACGAAAUUUCGCUGUCCUCAACUGGUCCUCAUCCUAUUAUCAAAGUCUCAUUACCAGGACAGUAGCCUUUUGCACGCACUUUGAGGAGGAGGUUGACAACGACGAAGCAAACGCGAAUUAGUGCGAGCUGCUCCCACCCGCUCACUGACAGUCGAGUUCUUUCUGCAGCGUGCCUGGUACAUUACUUCUCUCGGAAAUGGUACUCAGGAGGAAGUCAAUAGCAGACGAAGACGUGCUUCUUUCAGACAUGUCUAGCAUAGACGUGCCUGAAGGCUCCCCCGAUAGAGCUUCGGACGUGUAAGGAACGAUUCAUCUAAUUCCUUUUGCGAUUCUCGUAUUGAGAAAGCAGUCCUCGAUGUAUUAACACUUUUCUUAUAGGAAAAAGCGGAAAUUGGCCAUCGUUGUCUGGGCGUUAUUAAUCAUGGCAACAGUCAUUGGCACUGGGCUUAUCCUGCAGUACUAUGCGUCAACAUCGGAUCGCGAUGAAACGAAGGACGAGCCAAGCUUUUCUGGAGCCGAUGGAGGUACUGGCGAACAUAAGUCAAGCACAAAGGGAGAGACACACCUACCGUCCACAGACGAUGGAGGUGCCGAAACUCUCGGGGGCACUACUACACCCACACUCAAUGACACGACUGCCAAUAUAAGUACGACUACGACGACAACUACGUCGACGACGACUACGACAACUACAACGACAACAACCACAACCAGGAAAAAUGUAAUAACGGUCUGCGACACCCCAGUCCGAGGGCCAACACGCUCCUUCAAGUCUCCAAACUACCCGAUGCCCUACGAGAAGGAUAUGAUGCAUACGUGGUGUAUUUUCGCGGACGAUGGUUGCCCUAUGACUCUGACAUUCCGAGACAUCCAGUUGGACGUGCAAGAGCAUAAGUGCCACGACACCAUCUCUGUGUUCGACGGCGGUGAUCCCAAUCGUGACAAGGUGAUUGGACCAGUAUGCGAAAACGUCACAGUUAAGCUCACAUCCAGCAAAGCGUGGGUGGUAUUCCAGACAGACAACCAGACGGAGAGACGAGGCUUCGAAGCCAAGUACGACACGCUGCCAUGCGACAAACAUUUCCUCACCGCGACAACCGAUCCUCUUACUUUCACGUUGAAUGAGAAUAGAAAUAACGAGUCCUGGGUCAUCGAGGCGACCAUGGGGAACGUUCAGAUAGACUUCACCCAAUUUUCAUUGUCUGAGAGUGAACACUGCAGCAAAGAGAAAGUCAAGAUAUUUGACGGCGCUGACGAUAGGAAUAGGAUGCUCGGAGAACACUGCGGACAAGUUGACAUGCCUAAAUACACAUCGACCGACAAGUUCCUGUACGUCUCCUACUGCUCCGAGGGCACUAAAAAAGACAGCCUCGGAUUCCUUGCAACGUAUUGUACGGUUGGGAUAAGAAAAUAAAAGCGUGCUGUUUGCUGCAGCGGGCUAUGCCGUA